UUUCCUUUCCUUCGUCUAGUGAGAGAAAUUUCAGCGAAAUUUUGGAUGUUAUGAUUCUUCGAUUUCCAAAUUCUCUGCGCUAAGAACACGAUCCUUUCGUUCUCCAAGUUCUGAUUUAUUGGAUUGAAUUCUUUUGAAAUUGAAGGUGUGGUUCAGUAAUUGUUAAUUCCGAUAAUUUAUUUAAUCCUACUAUUAUGGACCACAUUCCUGUGGAAGUGAUCGGUAACAUAUUGUCUCUUCUCGGCUCUGCUCGGGAUGUAGUGGUUGCUUCUGCAACUUGCAAGAAAUGGAAGGAAGCAUGGCGCAGUCAUCUCCACAGUCUUUCUUUCAAUUUUAGUGAUUGGCCUCCCUAUAAUGACUAUUCCUCUGCUAGGUUGGAAAUACUCAUCACUCAGACCAUUUUUCAAACCAAGGCACUGCAGUUUUUGACCAUUUUCAUGGAUGAUGACCGUGAGUUCUCUGCCGCCCCCGUCAUUGCUUGGCUUAUGUAUACUAGGGAUUCCUUGCGCCAAUUGCAUUACAAUGUAAGGACUGUCCCUUGUUUCAACAUCAUCGAGAAAUGCAGCAGGCACAGGCUGGAGGUGCUGGCAUUGGCUCGCAAUUCCAUCAUUGGGGUUGAGCCAGGUUAUUUGAAGUUUCCUUGCUUGAAGUCGCUUUCGUUGAGUUUUGUUAGCAUCUCGGCGUUGGAUUUGAGUCUUCUGAUGUCGUCUUGUCCAAAGCUUGAAACAUUGGCUAUGGUUAGUCCAGAUAUUGCAAUAUCAGAUUCUCAGGCUUCUGUGGAGCUUAGCAGUCUUUCUUUGAAGGAUUUCCACCUUGAAUUGUUUAGCUCGGAUAAGUUUAUAUUGGAGGUGGAUUUGCUCGAGAAACUUCAUUUGAAAGAAUGUACUUUUGAGAUUUUUGAGCUGGUUGGAAAGGGGACACUGAAAGCGUUGAAAAUUGAUGACGUGAAUGUCAUGCAUCUCGAUAUUGCGGAUAGUACGGAGAACCUUGAGAUUAUAGAUGUUUGUAACUUCACAAUCAUGUGGCCAAAAUUUUAUCACAUGAUAUCAAAAGCCUCAAAGUUACAUAAGCUUCGGCUGUGGGGUGUUGUUUUUGAUGAUGAGGAUGAGGUUGUUGAUAUAGAGACAAUUUCUGUUUGCUUUCCUCUAUUGACGCAUUUGUCGUUAAGUUAUGAUUUAAGAGAUGGAGUGCUUCAUUAUGGCUUGCAGGGUUUGUCUUGUUUGAUGAAUGUGGUGGUGUUAGAACUUGGAUGGACUGUAAUCAGUGAUCUUUUCUCAGUUUGGGUAGCUGGACUUUUGGAAGGAUGUCCCAAUUUGAAAAAAUUGGUUGUACAUGGUCAUGUUUCAGAGGUAAAAACACAUGAAGAGUGCCAAAUUCUUUCCAGAUUCUCUGAAUUCAUUCUUCAACUGGGAAGAAAAUAUGGGCAUGUAAAAUUUGAGUUUGAAUAUGAGUAGUGGGUUCUGUUGCACUCAUGUAACCCAUCCAAAUAAAAGAAGAUAGAAGCAUGCCCCAUGAGUUUCUUUUGUCCAUUUCUUCUGUCUUGAAUCACAAGAAUUCUUCAAUUGUAAAGUUAUAGAUUCUGUGUAUAUGAGUGAAUUUCGGUUUCCAUCACAA